AUGGCCAGCGGCAACUUGGGGAAGCCGACUAUCCCAAAUUUCCUCAACUCGCAACUCAAUGUCACUACUCUUGUCCGCACCGCAUCGCAAGCUACUUUCCCCGACGGUAUCAAUGUUGCUAAAGCCGAUUUCAAUAUUGACUCAUUGGGAAAGGUUUUUGAAGGCAAAGAUGCGGUCACCAGCUUUAUCCCAAUCACCUCCCUAGAUGAGCAGGCUGUUGUCAUCGAAGCCGCCAUCUCCGCCGGCGUCAAGAGAUUCAUUCCUAGCGAAUAUGGUUCCGACUCUACUAACCCAGCGGUUGUAGCAGCUGUGCCCUUCUUUGAGGCUAAGAAGAAGUACUUGGACUUUCUCCGGACCAAGGAGAAUAUCCUGAGUUGGACCGCGCUGAUUACUGGGCCCUUGUUUGAUUGGGGACUUCCGUUAGGCCUCUAG